AUGGCUCCAUGUGGGAACCACAGCGACCGGACUACAGAGUUUGUCCUGGCCGGCUUCCCGAACCUGAACAGCACAGGCGUGGAACUGUUCUCUGUGUUCUUUCUAAUUUACCUGCUGACCCUAACAGGCAACGUGCUGAUUGUGGGGGCGGUGGGCGCCGAUCAGCGUCUGAAGACGCCCAUGUAUUUCUUCCUGAGUAACUUGUCCUGCCUCGAGAUUCUGAUCACAUCUGUCAUCAUCCCUAAGAUGCUGAGCAAUUUCCUCUCGAAACAACACACCAUUUCCUUUGCCGCGUGCAUCGCUCAGUUUUAUUUUUACUUCUUUCUUGGGGCCUCCGAGUUCCUGCUGUUGGCGGUCAUGUCUGUGGACCGCUACCUGGCCAUCUGCCGUCCUCUGCACUACCCCUUGCUCAUGAGUGGAGCCGUGUGCGUUCGUGUAGCCCUGGCCUGCUGGGUAGGGGGACUCCUCCCCGUGCUCGGCCCCACGGUGGCCGUGGCCUUGCUUCCUUUUUGCAGACAGGGUGCUGUGGUGAAGCAUUUCUUCUGCGACAGUGGCCCAUUGCUGCACCUGGCGUGCGCCAACACCACAAAACUGGAGGAGGCCGACUUUGCUCUGGCCUUUCUGGUCAUUGUGUCCUCCCUCACCAUCACCGCCGCGUCCUAUGCCCGAAUAGUCCUGGCUGUCCUACGGAUUCCUUCCGCUUCGGGCCGGCAGAAGGCCUUCUCCACCUGCAGCUCGCAUCUGAUGGUGGUCACCCUCUUCUACGGCAGUGCAAUUUUUCUCUAUGUGCGGCCGUCCCAGAGCGGCUCCGUGGACGCUAACUGGUCAGUGACUGUGAUAACCACGUUUGUGACGCCCCUGCUGAACCCGGUGAUCUAUGCCUUGCGCAACGAUCGAGUCAAGGAAGCUUUGACAGACAUGUUCAGGAAGGUCAGAGCAGAGCUCUCAGAAAAUUCCUUCCUUUCCGAAAGUUUGAGGAAGAAGACAGUGAGCUGA